ACAUAGUUCUCAGUGAAUUCCCAAGAUUAUAAAGAAGCAAAUGUAAACAAUAAUUUCCUCUAAUUUCACAAAAUUAUGGAAGACCUUCAAGAUAUAGUAGUAGAAGCUUUAGAAGUGUAUAUAAAUCACAUUCUUUACAUUCGUGAUCUGUAUCCCGGUCAAAUAUUCAAAAAACGUAGAAUAUACAAUACACCAGUUUAUGUGUCCAUAUAUCCACCUUUAAACACAUAUUUAUAUAAAGUGCUAAGAACGUCUAGGGAACUGUUAAAGACCCAAGAAUUAGAAUGUGUGGAGAUACUUUUCUAUAAGGAUGAUAACAAGGAAUAUGAACGUUAUAAAUUUAAAACAAUAUUGGAAAAAAAUUGCCAAAAUGAAGAUGAAUUUUUGUUGGAUUUUGAAGAACAGUUAAGAAGUUCUUUAGGCACCUUGGCCGAAAGGCUUAAAGGUUUGGAAAAACUGCCCUCAGAUGCUAAGUUUAGAAUUUUGGUUUAUACCACACAAGCUGCUUUUGUUAGAUUAACACAUAAUGCUCACUAUCAGGAUUUUCCCUGGUUACGUGCUGAUUUGAAACCAGCUUUAACUCACCAGGAAAUUUCUUUAUUGCCUCUAACCAGCCUCAACUGUUUAGGGUUGAAUGUAACUGCUGAAAUAUUUUAACACACCUUUUG